UCAAUUCAAACCUUCAAAGCGACCACUGUCAGGAUUUGAAAAGAUUGGGGUGUGGUGCGGCGACGCGGUGGUUAUGUUGGUGAUGGGACAGAGCCAUCCUGAGGCAAGGCGUUACUCUUUGGCGGAUUCAUUUCUUUUUGAUGUAGUACGUAUUACGUUGGUAAUCAUUACUAUUAUGAUAUCUUUAAUCAACUGUGACGGCUGUAUCUGCUUCAUGGAUUCACCUUUGUCGUGCUGGGCGUUGAGCGGUGGGGGUGCAACCAGACCAGCACUUGGAGAUCAAAAGUUCCUGAUGGUUCAAGAUGGAGCAAUGAAUCUGAAAUCUUCUGAGAAUUCCUACUUCAUGAUGCCCCGGCGAUUUUAUAAAAGAGGUAUGAACACUGAAGGAGCGUUAGAAUUCCCCUCGUCGGCUUUCCUAGCUAAAGCUUUUCCAAUACUGCUCAAGGCCGUGCUACUGUACAGAUAUUGAUUGAACUUGGCAUCUAAUGGUACAACGAAAGGUAUGUCCAUACAUAAAUCUCUUUCUAGAUUUCAACUGCCAUGCUAUAUUGCUGUUUGAUUACACCAGGAUGAUGUAGUCCCUCUAUUCCAGGUGCCCAUCUCCUACUUCCGAACUAGCUCUCUUCCACUCG